GGAGGAGGAGGAGAACGACAAUGUCCCUGGAGGUCCCCAGGAGGCCCCCCCCUGGGCGCCAGGGGGUGGCCCUCGCAGGGCGGCCGCCCGCGGACCGCGGCGCCCCCCAGAUCGAAGCGUGGCGCGCUGGGCUGCCAGCGUCGGCGCCCGGGGGCGACAUGCCGCUGGGCGCCCGGCCGUGGGCCGACAGGGUCGCGAAGGCCUACUGGAUCGGCACCGUCACCGGCCCCUGGGAGUUCGCGGCGGACGCCGGCCUGGCCGCGGUGCCGAGGCUGCAGCUGCUCCGGCUGGCCGCGGCGCACCCCGACGAGCUGGUGGCGGAGUGGAGCGGCGUGGCGGGCUACGGCAUCAGCUGGGUCAGCGGCCAGUCGCAGCUGCGGGGCGCCCUGGCCGCGGAGGGAGCGCGCGGUGUCCAGAAUUUCACGGGCGUCGAGAAGUCGGAGUACAAGGGGUAUGACCAAUGGGAGAACUUCAAGUACUACGUCAACCUCGACGGCGUCGUCAUGGGUGGGCGGCUCAGCAAGUUGCUGGCCUUGGGCGGCGUCGUCUUGCAGCACCAGGCGGGCUACUACGAGCACGUGGACGCCCUCGCGAGGCCCUGGGAGCACUACGUGCCCAUUGCGUACGACCUCAGCGAUCUGCUGGACAGAGUCAGGUGGCUGCAGGCGCACGACGCCGAGGCGCGCGAGAUCGCCUCGCGCGGGCAAGCCCUGGCGCUGCGGCGCAUGCGCCUGGAGGACCACCUGUGCUACGUGUGGCGCGCGCUCGAGGCCCUCGGCGCGAGGACUGCCGCGGUCGAGGCCAGCGGCGCUGCGGUGGCCGAGCGCCUGGUCGCGGAGGGUUUCCGGCGGCUGGCGGCGAG